CGCACGGUGGGAGCUCAGCUGGACGCAAUACAUUCCUCAACUUCCGUGCCGGCUUCUCCUGCUGAAUCUCCAAACUAGGAGCACACUGACUCCCAUCUACUGCAGCAAACAUGACAGACAGGAAGGCGGUGAUAAAGAAUGCGGACAUGUCGGAGGACAUGCAGCAGGAUGCGGUGGACUGCGCCACUCAGGCCAUGGAGAAGUUCAACAUUGAGAAGGACAUUGCUGCCUAUAUCAAAAAGGAGUUUGACAAGAAGUAUAACCCCACCUGGCAUUGCAUUGUGGGGAGAAACUUUGGCAGCUAUGUCACACAUGAGACAAAGCACUUCAUCUACUUCUACCUGGGUCAAGUUGCGAUUCUGCUAUUCAAAUCGGGCUGAGACCCGGUCAUGCCCGUUUAAUUCAGUCCCAGUUCCCCAUGCCCAGUGCGUACAUUGGGCCCUUACCGUUCUCCAGACCUCCGCUGUACCCGCCUACUACCACACCCUCUGCUUUCCACAUCUCUUCAGUCUUCCUGCAACUUUUGCCAACCACCACAAAACCAUUGAUGGGGAAGGAGCUGCACUCCUGUCUGGACUGAUUGCACAGAUGGUUUAGGGCCAUGAACGCCCACUCUCAUCCAUACAGCACAAAAACAAAACGCAUUGAUAUGAGCUACUUCUACUCACUUGGCGAAAGUAGCUCAUAUCAACCAUCCUUCUUGCAGAUUGACCAAUACUUUUUUCAAAAUAUGUGGCUAUGCAUUGGUGCAUGGACCUUGUACAUUUUUUCAUAUGUAUACAUUGUAUGAUAACUUGUUUUUCAUGGAAAUGUCUAAUUAGUAACAAGAUACUUUUGUUAAUGCCUUUAAUUUUAGGUUUAUUGAGAUUAUGUGAAAUGCUCUGAUUGUUGCUUAUGUCUAAA